UAACCAUUAAGUAGAGUGAUUAAUGAUUUUAAUUAAAUUUGUUUUUCUUCCCUAUCUCUAAUAAUGACUAUUGUCGCACCUUCUCUUUCUCAAGCCUUCUCGUGCCAUUUAUAAACUGCCGAUUCUUCUUCUUCGAUCUCUCUCCGAAUUUUUUCUUCAAUAAAUUUCGGAAGCUUUAUCGAUUUGUUUAUAUACUUGCUAGUUUUUGUUUUGCCCUUUUCGUUUCGCCAUUCACGAAGUACUCGGAAGCGAAGAGGAAAUUGAAAUUUGGGGAAUUUCUGGCUGAUAGAUUGGUGUUAUUAUGAAUAUCAGGUGAGAUAGAUUAAGAGGACAAACUGGGUGUGAAAUUUCCGAAUCGUUUCGAUGUCGAGGAUUUUGUUCUAUCGUGAUUUAUAUUUCCCCCGGGAAACUCGUUGCAGUUGUGAUGUUGUGGUUUAGAUUCUGAGUUUGAGGAAGCUCUUGUGUGUAUUUUGUUAAUUGGAUUUUUGAACAAAGCAAGAAGCAAAAGGGGAUUGCUCAGGGGUUUCGUUGAGGUGUGAGGGAUGACUGAUAUCGAUCCUCUGCAACAAAAAUCGGAGUCUAUGGAUGGUUCCGGUGCUGAGUUCGAUCGAGGUUUCGAGGAUUUCAUGGACGACUGCAUCUCGUUCGAGUCGUGCAGCUCGGUUCACAGUCCAGGCAAUGAUGACCAAGAGGACGAACAUCUUUUGAGGAGGAGGAGGAGGUCUGAGCUCCAAGGGGUUGAUAUAGCUGAAUCCUCUGCUGCGAGAAGGCGGCAGUCGCGGAUUCUGAGCCGUUGGGCUGCAAGGCAGGCUCAGGAGAUGAUCACCACCAUUGAGAGGAGGAACCGCGAGUCCGAACUCAUUGCGAUUGCUGGCUUGCACGCUGUCUCCACGCUCGACUCUUCUUUCCUUAGGGAGUCGCAGUCUCUCUCUUCGAGGCGUCAGGCCGCUGAUGCUGAUGCUGCUGCUGUUGAGAGGCCUAGAACUCAAGCGUCCGGGAUUUUGCAGAUGUGGAGAGACUUGGAAGAUGAACAUGUACUGAACAGGGCGCGUGAGAGGAUGAGGCUGAGGCGAAGAAAUGCUGUUUUGCCUGGCUCUAAUGCCUCUGAGAGCCAGGUGGGUGAAAACAUUGAGAGCCUGAGGGGAUCGAGUGAGAGUGAGAAUGAUUAUGGGUCGUCCAGUAGAGAACAGUCUCCAGAUCUUGGCGAUGGUGGUGAGAGUGAGAGGGUGAGACAGGUUAUGCGUGGAUGGACUGAUACUGGAAUCAGUGAUCAUCCGUCUAAUGUAAGACAGAGAGACGAUAACCGUAGAGGAGAAUGGCUCGGUGAUACGGAGAGAGAGAGAGUCAGGAUUAUCAGGGAGUGGAUGCAAAUGACAAGUCAGCAGAGAGGAGCUCGUGCAAGUCGAAGGGAAGAUCAACAACGAUCUCUUGGCUCACAAGAUGACAGGAAUCAUGAGACUUCACAAGUUCAGAGGGUCCGUGAAGGGUUAGCCCUUGAGAAUGAGGAAGGGCGGCGGGAGCAUACCCGUAGAGACUUGCGGAGACCACGAGGGAGGCAAGCGUUAGUUGAUUUGCUCAUGAGGAUUGAAAGAGAGCGACAGGGAGAGCUUCAGGGUUUGUUGGAGCAUCGUGCAGUCUCUGAUUUUGCUCAUCGCAACCGGAUUCAGUCGCUUCUUAGAGGAAGAUUCUUACGGAACGAGACACCUGAAGAGGAAGUUAGAGCUCCAUCAAUUGCAGCAAGUGAACUUCGCCAGCUAAGAGAAAGGCAUACAGUUUCUGGUUUGCGGGAAGGAUCCCGUGACAGGCUAGAAAGCAACACUAAUGGCGAUAACACCAAUACUUCCACGAAUAACCGAACAAUAGCUAAUACUGCUGUGGAUUCUCAGCGGCUAAAUGAGGGUUUAAAUUCUUCUAGGCAGGGGAAUGAUACCCCCCUCUUACCUAAUGAUUUGGGCAGCUCGGGAAGAAACCGAGUAAAUGCAGGUCAAAACAGGGUUGGGCCUGAAGUUUUCACAACAGACGAGAGGCAAAAUCCGCUGCAAGCAACAUUAAGCCAGUUCAGUGAAAGGGAUAAUGUUAACGCAGAUCUAAACGGGCAAGAAAUCUCAGUCAAUGACCUGCACCACAAUGAAAGUGGAAAUUCAGAUGAAACUAUUGUAGUAGAAGGUCAGAGUGUAGGGCCUGCAGAUAGCUCUAGACAAUCUGAUGGUAAUUGGCCUGAGUCACGGUUUGGAGCCCCAAGGAAUCGUCGUGUGGUAUCAAUGAGAAGAUUAAACAGGCUCCAUCUACCUGAUGACGAUAAUGCUAACAGCAUUGAACUUCGAGAGCUACUAAGCAGGAGAAGUGUUUCUAACCUUCUACGUAGUGGUUUUCGUGAGAAUCUGGAUCAACUAAUACAGUCAUAUGCUGAGAGGAGAGGAGGGCUUGCUCACGCGGACUGGGAUUUGCAACCAGGAAGACCAGAUUCUCUAGAACAUCGUACAGAGCAACCAGGGUUUCUACAGCACGAGGAUCAACUUGAUGGCAUCAGUCGAUCACAAACGCUGUCAACUCCACCAAUGCCACCACCGCAGCCGAUAUGGCAUCACAGUAGCUACGCUCGUCACUCCUUGCAUCGAUCUGAACUUGAAUGGGAGAUAAUGAACGACCUGAGAGGAGACAUGGCGAGACUUCAGCAAGGAAUGAGUCAUAUGCAGAGGACUUUAGAGACCUGUGUGGAUAUGCAGUCUGAGCUGCAGCGUUUGGUUAGGCAAGAGGUUUCUGCGGCUUUAAACCGAUCUACUGGUGACAAAGGUCUUGAACCAGGAACAUCCGAGGAUGGGUCGAGAUGGAGCCAUGUAAAAAAAGGGACUUGCUGCGUCUGCUGCGAUACCGACAUAGAUGCCCUCUUGUACAGAUGCGGGCACAUGUGCACUUGCACAAAUUGUGGUAACGAGCUGGUCCGAACAGGAGGGAAAUGCCCAUUGUGUAGAGCGCCUAUUGUCGAGGUCAUCCGAGCCUACUCCAUCGCUUAAUCGCUCUGUAACUGGAGAAGAAUGAAGCUAAAGAGAACGGGAUUGUAUUGAUGUCUGAAUUGUUCCAGCGUUGUAAACUCUCUGAAAGGAAUCCAACCAAGAGCAAAUACAUAUUUAUUCUGUCGUAAUUAGGGCUAUUUUUUUUAGUUACUGAUUGUCAUGUACCUCUGUGUUUAGAGAAAGUAGAUAACUAAUUGAGAGAAAUUUCACAAAGAUGAUGGGAUGAAAUUAUCAUAUUUGUGCAUACAGAUUCACCAUUUCAUGAAUAGCUAAUAUUUUAUGAUACUGCACUUUUCGUUUAAAAAUUAGUUUAUUA